UCUGUGCGCGGACCGGAGGGAGCCGCUGCGCGUCGUGUCCGCUGGCUGCCGAGGCGUCGGACGGUCCCAGCCCGCAGCCGAAUCACCGCGGUGGCGGGACUUUGCUCUUCGUUUUUUUUUUCCAUUGUUGUUGUUGUUGUUGUUGUUGUUGUUGCUGUUGUCGCUGUCUCGUCCGCUGUAAUGACAACGUCGCCGCCGAGGACGCGCGGCUGCGUGCGCGAAUAGCCGUGGAUCCGGCCGCCGGUCGCGGGAGAGGUGAGCGCAGCCCGCGUGCAGCCAUGGGAGGUCAGAUCACCAGAGGCGCCGUCUACGAUUCUCUGAACGCACCGUUUCCUGCAGCAUCCCACCGAUGCCACUACAAGCCCAAGCGCUGCCUCCCCAUGCAGCCAUGCGGAAGUUUGUCCUCCAUCCCUCUGCUCUUCCACCCCAGCACCAAGGGCUCGCAGAUCGUCAUGGACAUGUCCCAGAGGACCGUCAAGAGACAGGCCAGCUUCUGUAACGCCAUCACCUUCAGCAACAGACCUAUCGCUGUGUAUGAGCAAGUUCGACUGAAGAUUACUAAAAAGCAGUGCUGCUGGAGCGGUGCUCUGCGUCUCGGAUUUACAUGCAAAGACCCGUCACGGAUCAACCCAGACAACUUGCCCAAGUACGCCUGCCCAGACCUGGUCUCCCAGACCGGCUUCUGGGCAAAAGCUCUGCCGGAGGAGCUCUCCAACGAGGGACACGUCAUCUCCUUCUGGGUGGACAAGAAGGGCCGGGUGUUUUACAGAGUCAACGACUCGAGCCCCAUGCUGUUCUUCUGUGGGGUUCACGUCUCCGAACCCCUGUGGGCUCUCAUAGACGUCUACGGCCUCACCAGAGGUGUCCAGCUGCUAGACCCUGAGAUGGUCCCUCUGGACUGCCUGCGUCCUCGUUCUUUUGCAACCACCCACCAGGCCUCUAUCCAGCGAGGCGGCGAUGACCCUCACCUUUCCAUCAGCCUGUGUGACCUGAGCCUGCAGCAGCAGGAGAUGCAUCUGGAGGAAGAUGAUGAGGAAGAGGAGCGGCUCCAGCGCUUAAGCUCCGCCUCCUGCCACGUGCCCCAAAACUCUCAGAACUCACAGCAGUGUUCGCUGCUGCCCAGCCAUUUGGACACCGAUCUGCACUUCCACUCGGUGCACGGCGUCCACGUGACUGUGCUGGAUAAGCACACGGUCGGGCGGCUUGAUCACCGCGGUGACGAGAGGACCCUUGUGUUCACCAGCCGGCCGAUGCGCUGCUCAGAGACCGUGUUCGUGAAGGUGAAGGCCAGCGUCACACGGCCGGCUUCCCUGUCUUAUGGCGUGACAUCCUGCGACCCGGCCACCCUGAGGCCCAGCGACCUCCCAUCCAACCCAGAGUCCCUGGUCGACCGCAAGGAAUUCUGGGCCGUGUGUCGGGUGGCUGUGCCCCUCCACGGCGGAGAUAUCUUGGGCUUUGUGGUGAACUCCGAUGGGGAGGUCAUGAUGAGCCGUAAUGGCGUCAGUGCAGGGAUGCAGUUGUGCGUUGACAACUCCAGGCCUCUCUGGAUGUUUUACGGUCUACACGGCACCAUCACACAACUCAGGAUUUUAGGCACAUCUUUCCAUCCAGACCUCCGAGGCCUGUCUGUUCCCGGCUCCCCGUCCUGCAUACCCAACACCCCCACAAUGCUUGGCAGCGGCAACUCAGAGCCCAGCCUCGACACGCCGUUGAACAUCAACCUCAACUCGAGCCUGAACUCCAACUACCACAGACUCUUUUCUUCCUCCACAGGCACAACCCCGAGCUCUCCCUUCUCCAGCCACCCCGAGUCCCCUACCUUCCCGCCCUGCUCAGGCUCGUGGAGCGACGAGUGCACCAUCUGCUACGAGAACGUGGUGGACACGGUCCUCUACGCCUGCGGACACAUGUGUCUCUGCUAUGCCUGUGGCCUCAAGCUCAAGAAGAUGGCCAACGCGUGCUGCCCCAUCUGUAGGAGGACGAUCAAAGACAUCAUCAAGACCUACAGGAGCACGUAGGCUCCUGUUGAGCGACGCGGCGCGUCAUCGGGUCCAGCUCAGAGAGGUUGCCAAAGCCAUGUGAGACUUUGUGAAGAUGGACACAGCACGAGUGAAAACCGCGGUUUGUUUGCGCGAUGUGGCUCAGGUACUUUACAGCAGGACUUUAAACUCCAUCAUGAGGCCAUUGUAUCUAUGUAGUGUUUAAUGCACAUCAUUGGAAAGGCCGCAGUGGUCCCUUCCUGUGGAGACGCACUCGUGAGUUCCACCAGAGACAAUCAAAAACUACAGUGUGAUGUGAGCAGAUUGGACCGCGAUCCACGAUUGUCCAGUGUCUCUGUGAUUUGUGCGUCUGUGGGAGAGAAAGAGUAAUCUGGAGAGGCAUCUGUCCUACUUACAGCCACAAUAACCCUUCAUUCUGCCGGCUAUAGCGUCACUGCUCGGCAGCUUUGGAAGAAGUGAAAUUGUCCAGAGCUGCGGAAGACACAAGAGGAAUAAAUCUGUGUUUUCUCCAGCUGCUCCGCCUGUGCUCGCCAGAAAGCACUGGGUCUAAAAUUGUUGUUUUACAGUAAGAAUCAAUUCUAAUUCUCUGGGAAAAUCAAGACAAGAAAGCUUUGAUUUGAUUUAAGAGAACUUCCAGUUACCGGUGAGGAAUGAGUAGAAAGAUGGAAUUUAUUUUUUCCAGUGACAACUUUGUAUUUCUUAAAAAAAGGCCAUUUUGGAAUUCUAGUCCGGCAAUAAAACGCAAUCAAAUGAUCCAAAGGUUGAAGAAAUCCUUAACUCGGGGGGUUGUAAUGAAUGUUACAGUGUUUCGUUGGAUAUUUCUCUACCUCCUGUGGUUCUGUGAACUUGAGGAAGGGGGAGACUGUGCGAAGGGAAGAAAAAAAAAGUGUGAACGUUGUCACCAUAGAAGGUCAAGCUUGCGGUGAAAUGGGGACGUAAAUCAGCGAAGAGGGAGCAAGGGAGGGAGAGGGGGGUGUUGUAAGUUUGGGACGUAGACAGUGGAGGAAGGGGCACCUUCGGCUUUGUCUGCACAUAGUUUAAGUGCUGAGAAAAAGGCUCGCUCCACUCAGGCAAACCACACACAUCAGAGGUUUGUAUUGGAAGCCUGUUCAAAUGUGGGACUUGCAUGUCCUGCUUCUUGGCAGCUGUCCCUGCCAUCUACCGCUGCUUGCUGGAUGCCGCUGCUUCCCAAAAGUCGCCCCUAACAAACCCGGGUGGGCAGUGAAGUAUUUCUAAAAUGAAAUGCCGGCGGAGGAAUCGACCUCGUCGUUGUCGUGAGGAAAAAGGUUACAGGUGGCUUUGCCUACAUCAGGUUACGCACUUUUCUUGCAUCAUGUACAUUAAAGCAUGAAUAUUGGCUCUGAUCAUGUAUUUGAGCACACCGUGUCUUCAAGUGGGAAAAAAAAUCAUUUCUCCCGUGUGCAGUCAGUGACGAGGAUGUAGCUCGUUGUCGUGGGACAUUGUGAGACUUCAAUUCGCAUAUCAGUUUCUGAGUGCUGCUCUCCGACGAUAAAGACAAACUCGGAGGAAGUUUUUCGCUCGACUAAUCUCAUGCAUUAUGUACGCCUUUAAAUUGUUCAGAAAUACAUGUUAUUUCCAGAUGUUGCUUUGGCCUUGCUGAACCAUCACUCUGUGAUCUGUAGUAAGUGCUAAUUGUUUUGGUUUUGUUUUCAUUUCGAGGGUUUUUUACGCUUUCGUCAGCUCGCCACUUUGACUAGCAGUUAUGUGGUACGACGUUUGUGUCGCAGUUCAGUUUCUCGUGUGCCUUUAGAAAGAGAUGUCUAGACAACCGUUGGUCUGUUAGACUCCGCAAUAUAAAUAUGCUCAUAUUCAUUAAUCAUUUUACAGCCACUCCGGACGUGGUUGUGAUGUCUCUGAUGUUGGACCACAUACCUUACCAAUACAAAGCUGUUGUGUUUCACUUCUAAGCAAACAUUUCAGAGUGUGUAUUGUCAGUGUGUGAAUUGAUUUGCUGCUCAAGAUGAAAUGCGUAAGUACCGCCUUGUCUCAUUUGUCAAUGCGUUGCAUAAUACUGGAAUUUUGUUGUGCUUGAGAGACCCCAUCCCCGCGCCCAGCCUUUACAUUUCUACCUGUUAUUGUUUUUCUUCCUGACCAAAUAUGACCUACCAGAAAUAUAAAAUAUUGUGAACGAUUUUUGAUAGAAAAAACAGUAUUGAUGAGUGUAAUAUCCGCUGUACAUUAUGAGGGUUUAUUUAUUUUGUCAAUGCUACUUUUAAAUAAUUAUCACUGUUUGUUUUAUAUAUGUGGCUAUAUUGUCCAAAAUGUAAAAAAUAUGUCAUUGUGGCUUAGUCAAAGAUUAUAGAAAACUUUAUUCUCCUAAAUGACUGUGGUUGUGUCAGCUGAUUUUCAUUUGAAGGAACAGUUCUGAUAAUGUUCUUGGAAAUUUGCUUAAUUACUUUGUGGCAAGAGAGUUAGGCGAGAAUAUCACUACAGUCUCCAAUGGUGCAAUGCAAUACUCCACUACAUUACAGAAACAAACAUACAUUUUACUCCACUGGUUAUCUGAAAGCUGUAACUAAAAGUUACUUGCAUAUCAAGAUCCCACACACAGCCUAUUAUUCGUAGUAGUACUAGUAGUAUAAAAUAUAUAAUGUAUUGAUAUUGAAUAAACCUUCCAUCAGAUUAAAGUGAAUAUAAUUAGUUAAUAUUUAACCCUUGAAAUGCUUCUGACAUACAAUGGAUGUAGUUAUUGCAGUACUUUUAAUUUGAUACAUGAAUGAGUGUAGUACAUAAUUAGUAAAUAAGUAAAGUAUAUAAUUACAUACUUUAACCCAAGUGGGACUUUUACUUGUAAUAGGGUACUGUUAACAUUGCAUAUUAUAGGGAACCAAUCUAAACAAAGAUUGUGUCAUUAUUCAUUUGCCAUUAAAUUAUCAACAUUUACUUCAUCAUGACAAGUUAAGCAAAAAGCUUGUUGAUUGCCAUUUUGAAGUAGCAUAUGGACUAGAAACAAGGGGAACAACUAGCCUGACUGUCCAACAUUUAUAACACAACUCUCUUACAAGCAUCUCUAACUUUUACACUUUUAAACAAAUGAACCAAUAUUCUGUUUGGGGGCUAUAGAGUUGCCUGUAGGGGGAAUUUGGCCCAAUUUAGCGCAGUAGUGUAGCUGUAUCCCCUGCUUCCUGUCUUUGUGCUAAGCUAAGCUAACCACCUGCUGGCUGAAGCCACUUACCAGAUAAACAUUGGAGUGGUAUUAAGUCUUCUCAUCUAACUCUCUGCCAGAGGGCGAGCUUAUCUCCCAAAUUGAAUUAAUGUCAUAUGCCAAAACAAGGAAAUGUUUAACAUUGGCACACCUAUGAAUGUCCAUCAUGUGCAUAUAUGAAUUUUAUCUUGACUUUGUGUUGUAGUGCGGAGGACAUGAGUGGCUCGCCUAUGAUCAAUCUGACAGUGUGUUUUUCAAAUGUGACCAAAUAUUUACAGUCUAAAAUCACAAAACCAGAAAGUGAUGGAGAGAUGGUGGGCAUUGUGCACUUUGGACAAGAAAAUCAGCUCAUACCUUUGGUUUCCUGGACUUGGGAUUUCUAUACUAUGUUUAAAAAAACAUUCUUAAAGUUGUUUCUGAAUUUACUAAUUAUGUUCAGUUUGGAAAAUAAAGUUUUAGUCUGAA